CGUACGCGAGAACUGCAGCGGACAAACGCGAUUGGUGCCGAUGAGGACGCUGGUGAUUCCGCAAUACACAGGCAGAGCGGGUGAAGAGAGCCGAGCUGCAACUCAGCCACAUGUUUAAACCAUCUUUUUGGGUAGCUUGAGUCCGGAAUUCGCUGUUUUAAAAGAAGAGGAACACAUUUAAACAGCAAACUGAGACUGCGAUGUUGAUAUGAAUUAUUUGUCCGAGGUCUCACGGGAAAGCUAGCGGAGCGCAGCCGGCGAAUUCAAGCAGAGCCAAAGAAGCCCAACAGUUAGCUAGCUUUAGCCUGUUAGCUACCGUUAGCUCAGAAGCCGCUAAUUCGUCCACUCUCGCCAGACACCUGCACGCCGCGCUGUCCUGUGUUACAGCUACCUAGCCGGUAACAGCAAACGCCGUGGGCUCCCGCUCGAAUAUUUUCAGGUGUUUUAGUUUUAAAUCACGGGGUGACACCAAAGGAGUAGGGAAACCGUGACAGGUCGAGGUUGGGACCAGUAAGGGCGAAACAAGCGGUGUCCUCAAGUGGCCGUUCACCAUGGACAACGCACACACAAAGACGGUUGAAGAAGUUUACAGCUUUUUUAACGUGAAUGAAAGCACGGGUCUGAGCUUAGAGCAAGUGAAGAAACAACGGGAACGAUAUGGACCAAACGAACUGCCAGCUGAGGAGGGUAAAUCCCUUUGGGAACUGGUGAUUGAACAAUUUGAAGACUUGCUUGUGAGGAUCCUUUUACUCGCUGCUUGCAUAUCCUUUGUGCUGGCCUGGUUUGAAGAGGGAGAAGAAACCGUUACAGCCUUUGUGGAGCCUUUUGUUAUUCUACUUAUUCUCAUAGCAAAUGCCAUUGUAGGAGUCUGGCAGGAGCGAAAUGCUGAAAAUGCCAUUGAAGCACUUAAGGAGUAUGAGCCAGAGAUGGGGAAGGUAUACCGCCAGGACAGGAAGAGCGUCCAGCGGAUCAAGGCCCGGGACAUUGUGCCUGGGGACAUCGUGGAGGUGGCAGUUGGUGAUAAAGUGCCUGCAGACAUCAGGCUGUCUUCUAUCAAGUCAACCACACUAAGAGUAGACCAAUCAAUUCUCACAGGAGAGUCUGUGUCUGUGAUCAAACACACUGACCCAGUGCCUGACCCGCGUGCUGUCAACCAAGACAAGAAGAACAUGCUCUUCUCUGGCACCAAUAUUGCAGCUGGUAAGGCUGUUGGUGUGGUGGUGGCCACAGGUGGCAACACAGAGAUUGGCAAAAUCCGAGAUGAGAUGGCAUCCACAGAACAGGAGCGCACGCCCCUGCAGCAAAAGCUGGAUGAAUUUGGACAGCAACUAUCCAAGGUUAUUUCACUGAUCUGCAUUGCUGUGUGGAUCAUCAAUAUUGGACAUUUCAAUGAUCCUGUCCACGGAGGCUCCUGGAUCCGAGGCGCUGUCUACUACUUCAAGAUUGCUGUGGCUCUGGCAGUUGCUGCUAUUCCUGAAGGUCUGCCUGCUGUCAUCACUACUUGCCUGGCAUUAGGAACACGGCGCAUGGCCAAAAAGAAUGCCAUUGUCCGUAGUUUGCCCUCUGUGGAGACCCUUGGCUGUACAUCUGUCAUCUGCUCUGACAAGACAGGCACGCUUACCACCAACCAGAUGUCUGUGUGUAGGAUGUUUAUCAUUGACCAAGCAGGGGGUGAGCACUGUUCCUUGAAGGAAUUCACUGUCACAGGAUCUACGUAUGCCCCAGAUGGAGAAGUGUUCCAUGAUGGCAAACCAGUCAAAUGUUCCCAGUAUGAUGCCUUGGUGGAGCUGGCCUCUAUCUGUGCUCUCUGUAAUGAUUCCUCAUUGGACUAUAAUGAGACCAAAGGUGUGUAUGAGAAGGUGGGUGAGGCCACAGAGACAGCUCUCUCAUGCCUGGUGGAGAAGAUGAACGUGUUUGAUACAGAUGUUAAAGGCCUGUCCAAGAUUGAGCGAGCCAAUGCCUGCAAUUCUGUGAUCAAGCAACUGAUGAAGAAAGAGUUUACCUUGGAAUUUUCCAGAGACCGGAAGUCCAUGUCUGUGUACUGCACUCCUAAUAAAGCCCGCACCUCUGUCGGCAAGAUGUUUGUAAAGGGUGCUCCUGAGGGAGUGAUUGACAGGUGCACACACGUCCGUGUAGGCAGCAACAAGGUGCCGUUGACCCCUGGCAUCAAGGAAAAACUCAUGUCUGUCAUCAGGGAGUAUGGAACUGGCAGGGACACCUUGCGCUGUCUGGCUCUGGCCACCCGAGACAACCCCAUGAGCAAAGACAAACUUGUAUUAGAGGACUCCAGCCGCUUUAUUGAGUAUGAGACUGACCUGACAUUUGUUGGCUGCGUUGGCAUGCUGGAUCCUCCCAGGGCAGAGGUGGCAGCCUCUAUCAGACUCUGCCGCCUUGCAGGCAUCAGAGUAAUUAUGAUCACUGGAGACAACAAGGGAACAGCGGUGGCUAUCUGCAGACGUAUUGGUAUUUUUGGUGAGGAUGAUGAUGUCUCCAGCAUGGCUUUCACUGGUCGAGAGUUUGAUGAUCUGUCACCUGCUGCACAAAGAGAAGCUGUGGUCAAGGCCCGUUGCUUUGCUCGGGUUGAGCCUUCACAUAAAUCCAAGAUUGUGGAGUACCUGCAGUCCUAUGAUGAGAUUACAGCUAUGACUGGUGAUGGAGUAAAUGAUGCUCCUGCUCUGAAGAAGGCUGAGAUUGGCAUUGCCAUGGGCUCAGGCACAGCUGUGGCCAAGACCGCCUCUGAGAUGGUGUUGGCUGAUGACAACUUUGCCACCAUUGUAGCUGCAGUCGAGGAAGGCAGAGCCAUUUAUAACAACAUGAAACAGUUCAUCAGAUACCUCAUCUCCUCAAAUGUGGGCGAAGUUGUCUGUAUCUUCCUGACUGCAGCUCUGGGGUUCCCUGAAGCUCUCAUCCCUGUUCAGCUGCUUUGGGUCAACCUGGUGACUGAUGGUUUGCCUGCAACUGCCCUGGGCUUCAACCCACCAGACUUGGACAUCAUGAACAAACCCCCACGCAACGCUCGUGAGCCACUUAUCUCUGGAUGGCUCUUCUUCAGAUACUUAGCCAUUGGAUGUUAUGUGGGUGCUGCCACUGUUGGUGCUGCUGCCUGGUGGUUUGUUGCUGCUGAGGAUGGACCAAGGAUUACCUUUUACCAGCUGAGCCACUUCCUGCAGUGUGGUCCAGAGAAUCCAGACUUCCAGGAUAUGGACUGUAAGGUGUUUGAGUCCCCUUACCCUAUGACCAUGGCCCUGUCUGUGCUGGUCACCAUUGAGAUGUGCAAUGCUCUGAACAGUGUGUCAGAGAACCAGUCCCUCCUGCGUAUGCCUCCCUGGGAGAACGUGUGGCUGCUGGGAGCCAUCUGCCUCUCCAUGUCUCUUCACUUCCUUAUCCUCUACGUGGAGCCUCUUCCUAUCAUCUUCCAGAUCACCCCUCUGAAUCUGACACAGUGGCUCAUGGUGCUCAAGAUCUCACUGCCUGUCAUUCUACUGGAUGAGUUUCUCAAGUUUGCUGCCAGGAACUACCUGGAGCCCGGUAAAGACCUGGAGAAGCCUGCCAGCUCCAAGGGCUGCUCCCUGUCUGCAUGUAUGGAGGGCAUCUCCUGGCCCUUCGUGGCUAUUUCCCUCCCCUUGGUUCUCUGGAUCUACAGCUCCGACACUAACAUGGCCGACAUGUUCUGGUCCUGACUGACUUGAGCACAACCUCGACUUUUCCAUUUCCUUUCCAAUCCCACCGCCAUCACUUCACUCUUUCCUCUCCCUCUCUGCCUUCCUACAUGUGCAUAGCUAGCGUGUGUGCGCGUUUGUAGAGUUAGUGUGUGUGCUUGUGCGUGCCUACCAUGUGUGUAUGAGAAGGACCAACUUUAACACAUGAAAAGUAACAAAUAAUAUAAAAUGUUAACAAUGAGAAGUCACCUGUUUUGAGUUGGGAUUUGUGAAUGGGUGAGGCUUUAAAGGCGAGUGUUAGAACACCAUCACUCCUGUAGCUGUGGACUUUGUUGCUGGUUUGAAAGAAUAUAUACUGUUGCCAGUGUUUUUUUUUUUUUUUUUUUUUUUUUUUUUUGGUUAAUGUCAAUAUUGCCUUUAAGGUUUAUAUUUUUAAUUAUUUUGGGAACAUCUUUUUGUCUUAUGUCACUACAGUAACACCAGUAGAUUGUUUUGCUAAGAUUCCCUCCUCAUGAAAAGAAAAUUUAAGAUAUCAGAAAUUCAUUGAUCUGUACAGAGAAUGAACACUAUUUUAUGCAAUUUUUUUUAAAUGGCUUUGUAAAUUGUUUGACCAGCGUGGCUUAGACAUACCGCCUUGAUUUAUUUUCUAAUGUUUACCAUUGUGUCUUCAGUAUAAACUCAGAACUCUUUCAGAGAGGACAACCUCCGUGUGGCAGACGAGGAUGGGGAAAGGUUUGGGAGUGAACGUUUGAAUACUCCGCUUAAAACAAAAGAGAAAAAAAAAAUCCUGAAAAACAAAAGCCGCAUGUCCUGUGACCAAGCAUGAACUGUAUGUGGUUUCUCAUUCCUAAUUUAAUUGUGUAUGUCCCCCCUACCCAUUGUUAGAGUAUAAAUUAACUUCAUGGACUUUUUUUUUUUUUUACUAUAAUGAUUUGAAAACAAGCCAGUUUUUCUGCACUGGGCAGAGCACAGCUACCUCACUAUGAUAAAAGAAUUUUUUAUUUUAUUUUUUUGCUCAUCUCCAGAUGCUUUUCCUCAAUGGUCUUGCUAAAGCAUAACAUCUGAGGUGUGCCCCUAUUUGCUUGUGCAGAAAACAAAGAACACAAUCUUCCUCUACUCUAACACUUUUAAGGAUAUAUAUUGUUUGUAUUGAUUUUUUUGACAUUCAUUAAAUUAAUUUGUGUUUUGCUUUGGAGACAGAACUGGUUGGGGAUGAUAUAUAUUAAUUACCAUCUCCAUGGCGUUUGAUUCAAAGGACAAUAAUAUUAAAAUCUUAAGAAAAAAUGCUAAUACAAGUACUCCAAAUGAACUUGGAUUGCAAAUAAGAACCCAAAAUAUUGUUUUGUUUUUUACGUAAAGGAAAAAUACACUCUUGAACCCUUUGAAUCAAAGUGUUUUCUGUCUUUAUUUAAUAACGACUGAGGCCAAUGGUUAUUGAUAUUCAUAUCCAGUGUUUUUGUAUGUGCAUUAUGAUACUUGAAUACAGAUCAUUUCAGACAUA